GAGAGGCUAAAAAACUCGCCUGGCACCUCCUCAUGACUGGUAAUAUUCCCCGUAUGAGACUCGAGUCUACAGGAUAUCCAGGCCAGAUUUCAGCCAGGUGUCGGCUUCCGACCUGAUUCCGCCAUAUUUGUUUCUCUGAGCCGUGUUCCCGACACGACCGCACGCGGUUUCCAAGAUGGGAAAGAAAAAAGAGGGUGAAAGAUCCCCUCGAAAUUUCGAUAAUAACCGCUUCGAUCGUUCCGAGAGCUACGGAGAUGAAGAGCCAAAUUUCAGCGACGAUGAGGACUUCGUCGACGAUAUUACGGACGAAGAACUUCUUGCGGACUACCUCAUCUCCAAGCCCAGGGAAGAGGAUAGCUAUGAAGGAAUCAUUGUUGUCGAUGGCGUCCCUCAAGUUGGGCCUGAGCGCCUUGAGAAGCUGAAGGGCGUCAUCAAGAAGAUGUAUUCCAAAUUCGGAGAAAUUGUUAACGAGUAUUAUCCUGUUGAUGAGAAAAAGAACACUAAAGGAUUCAUCUUUUUGGAAUACAAGCACCCUAGCGAAGCUGCUGAAGCUGUCAGUGUAACGAACAAUUACAAACUUGACAAGCAGCACACUUUCCUUGUCAAUCAUUAUAGCGAUUUUGAAAAAUAUAUGAAUAUCCCUGAUGAGUGGACACCCCCAGAGCCUCAGGAGUACAAAGACCAAGGCAAUCUCCACUAUUAUCUUCUUGAUCCUGAUGCGUACGACCAGUAUUGUGUCAUUUGCGGAGGCGGUAAUAAUGUGCAGAUUUGGCAAAAUUCCGCCCCUGAACCCAACGUUGUUGAGGAGCGACCCAAUUGGUCUGAAACAUACGUUAGAUGGUCACCUUUAGGAACCUACAUGGCUACUUUCCACGCGAGAGGUGUCGCGUUGUGGGGUGGACCUGAAUUCAAGCAAAUCAUGAGGUUUAGCCAUACAGGAGUGCAACUUAUAGACUUCUCACCCUGUGAAAAAUACCUUGUGACAUAUUCCCCUGAUGGACCUUCUGAUCAGCGUCGAGUGAUCAUUUGGGACGCCCGCACUGGUGCUGAGAAACGCUCGUUCUCUUUAGAUGGUGUUUCUGUGUGGCCCAUCUUCCGUUGGUCACCUGAUGACAAAUACUUUGCUCGUCUUGGCCAAGACAUCCUUAGUGUUUAUGAGACCCCGUCGUUUGGCCUUCUGGACAAGAGGAGCAUAAAAAUUCCUGGUAUACGAGACUUUGCCUGGUCACCUACGGAUAAUAUUCUCGUCUACUGGGUCGCCGAGGACAAAGAUGUACCAGCCAGGGUGUGCCUGCUCGAAAUUCCCAGUCGUCAGGAGGUGCGAGCUAACAACCUUUUCAACGUAGCCGACUGCAAAAUACACUGGCAAAAAUCUGGAGACUAUCUGUGUGUCAAGGUGGAUCGAUACAGCAAAGUCAAGAAGGAGAAAAACGAUGUUAAGUACAGCGACAUAAAGAACGGAGGAGCUGGACAUUUUCUGGGAAUGUACUACAAUUUUGAAAUAUUCCACAUGAGAGAGAAACUUAUCCCUGUGGAUAGUGUGGAAAUCAAGGAGCCCAUCCAGGCAUUUGCCUGGGAGCCAAUCGGCUCAAAGUUCGCCAUCAUCCAUGGUGACCAGCACAACAUCAAUGUCAGCUUCUAUGGUGUCAAUCAGGGACAGCCUCCUUCCUUGCUCAAGAAAUUUGAGAAGAGGCAGUGCAACCACCUGUUUUGGUCACCAAUGGGCCAGUUCAUAGUGCUGGCUGGUCUGCGCAGUAUGCACGGCUCAUUGGAAUUUGUCGACACCAAUGAAUUUGUGGUAAUGAACUCUGGAGAGCAUUACACAGCCUCUGAUGUUGAGUGGGACCCAACAGGUCGCUACAUUGUCACUGGUGUGUCCUUCUGGAAGCAAAAGGUGGACAACGGAUUUUGGCUUUGGUCAUUCCAGGGCAAGAAGCUGAAGAAGCACAAUAUUGACGGCUUCUGCCAACUCAUGUGGCGUCCGCGCCCUCCAACCCUACUCAGCAUUAAGCAGCAGAAGGAAAUCAAGAAGAACCUCAAGAAGUACACGCCUCAGUUUGAGAGCAAGGACCGCAUGCGAUCAUCGAAAGCUUCCAAGGAACUUGUUGAGAAGCGCUGCCAGUUGAUGAAGGCGUUCAAUGAGUAUCGCCAGAAGAACAUUGAUGCAUGGAAUGCACAGAAGAAAAGACGUCUGGAGCUUCGCAAUAAUGUUGACACCGACGAACUGGAGUCGGACACGAAAAAUGUAGAAGAGGAAGAAGUUGAGUUCUUGGUAAAGGAAGAUCACACCAUCAUCGACGAGUAGUCGGCGUGGAAUCGGUCGGUUUUUUGGGGGAAGCUUGGUGACUGCUGACUUUCCUCCAGACUGCACAUUGACGCUGACUGCGCCAUUUGCCAACUAAAAACAUUAAUUGUUGCUAGCGUCUCUCUGUUCAUACUUUUGUUUCACACCUGUUUAGAUUUUUCGUCACGCCUCGGAUUGCCUCCCUUAGCUAUUCAACGGAGGUACUUGCGUGAUGGACAAAUCAAAGUAUUUUUUAGCCUUUGAUAUGGUGGCCCUGUUGUUCCACCAAGUCCAAUUUUGGGACUAUUUUUACAGGAAAGUCUUCUUUUGUCGUCAAUUUGGAAUGGUAAACGGCAGAACGUACCACCUCCCAUACAGAUUAUCCCUGAACUGGAACAAUAAAAUGUUUUUAGUCGCUCAAAUACUGGAAUAA